GGUCCUCGAAAGCUUUUUGGCCGCUGGUGUCCGGAGUUUCUCUGCAUUUUAAUUCCGAGAGGUCUCUGAGGUUUUUUUGGUGUCUCUAGGGAGCCCCUGGGUUAGAUCUUUCUCCAGACUCCAGCCUGCCUGUCUCCAGCAGCUCUGCUUGAGUUUACAGAUGUCUACAAAGCUUUAGACUCCCGAGAGAAUAAAGUUUGAGACCUACCAUGACCAUGUCAGCUAAUCGGACCUCUCCCCAGAAAUCCCUGGUCCUGGUUCCAGAGGAACGUGAUAAUUCAUAUGAGGGAUCGGUGUCCUUCAGGGAUGUGGCUGUAGAUUUCAGCAGAGAGGAAUGGCAGCAUCUAGACCUUGCUCAGAGAAACCUAUACCGGGAUGUGAUGCUGGAGACCUACAGUCACCUGCUUUCUGUGGGGUAUGAAGUUCCCCAACCAGAAGUUUUCAUGUUGGAGCAAGGACAGGAGCCAUGGGCAUUGCACCGUGAUCCACAUGAGAGCUGUCCAGAAGAAUUGUGGCAGAUUGGUGACCAGAUAGAGAGCUAUCAGCAAAGAGAAAACAAAUCUUUAAGAGAUGUUGCUUUCAUCAAGAAAAUUUUGACUACAAAGAAGGAUUAUGAAUAUAAGGACAUUAGAAAAAUAAUUCAUGUGAGCCAAAACAUUCUUUCACCAAAAAGACCCCACCAGUGUGACUCAUUUGGAAAUGCUUUGAAGUAUAAUUUAGAUUUACACAGUCAUUACAGAAACAGUGCAUCAAAGAACAUAAAUAAGAUUACUGAACAGAUUAAAAUUUCUUCCUAUACUGACCCUGAGUGUUCUCCAACAGGAGAGAAGUUAUGGGACCAUAAUCAAUGUGGGAAAAUCCUCAGCUAUAAACAAGCACCCUCUCAACAUCAGAAAAUUCAUACUGGGGAAAAAUCUUAUGAAUGUGCUGAAUUUGGAAAGAUCUUCACCCAGAAGUCACAGCUCAGGGUACAUCUGAAAGUUCAUACAGGAGAAAAACUCUAUGUGUGCAUUGACUGUGGCAAGGCUUUUGUAAAGAAGCCAGAAUUCAUUACACAUCAGAGAACCCAUACUAGAGAAAAGCCCUAUAAGUGCAGUGAAUGUGGAAAAGCUUUUUUCCAAGUAUCUUCUCUCUUAAGGCACCAGAGAAUUCACACUGGAGAAAAACUUUAUGAAUGCAGUGAGUGUGGGAAAGGAUUCUCUUAUAACUCCGAUCUCAGUAUACAUCAAAAAAUUCAUACUGGAGAGAGACACCAUGAGUGCACGGAUUGUGGCAAAGCAUUUACGCAAAAGUCCACACUCAAGAUGCAUCAGAAGAUUCAUACAGGUGAGCGAUCCUAUAUAUGUAUUGAAUGUGGACAGGCCUUCAUCCAGAAGACACACUUGAUUGCACACCGAAGAAUUCAUACUGGAGAAAAACCAUAUGAAUGCAGUAACUGUGGGAAGUCCUUCAUUUCUAAGUCACAACUCCAGGUACAUCAACGAAUUCACACAAAAAUGAAACCCUUUAUAUAUACGGAAUAUGGAAAGAUGUUCAACAAUAGUUCCAACCUCGUCACACACAAGAAAGUUCAAAUUAGAGAGAAAUCUUCCAUAUGUAAUGAAUGUGGUAAGGCGUUUACAUACAGGUCAGAACUGAUUAUACACCAGAGAAUUCACACUGGGGAAAAACCUUAUGAAUGCAGUGAAUGUGGAAAAGCCUUUACGCAGAAGUCAGCACUCACGGUGCAUCAGAGAAUCCAUACAGGAGAAAAAUCUUAUGUGUGCAUGAAAUGUGGACUAGCCUUCAUCCAGAAGGCUCACUUGAUUGCACAUCAAAUAAUUCACACAGGAGAGAAACCUUAUAAAUGUGGCCACUGCGGGAAAUCCUUUACUUCCAAGUCACAACUCCAUGUACAUAAACGAAUUCACACAGGAGAAAAACCUUAUACAUGCACUAAAUGUGGGAAGGCAUUCACCAACAGGUCAAAUCUUAUUACACAUCAGAAAACUCAUACAGGAGAGAAAUCCUAUAUAUGUCCUAAAUGUGGGAAGGCCUUCACACAAAGGUCAGACUUGAUUACACAUCAGAGAAUCCAUACUGGAGAGAAACCUUAUGAAUGUGGUACCUGUGGAAAAGCCUUUACUCAAAAGUCACACCUCAACAUACACCAGAAAAUUCAUACUGGAGAAAGACAGUAUGAAUGCCAUGAAUGUGGGAAAGCCUUCAACCAGAAGUCAAUACUCAUUGUGCAUCAGAAAAUUCAUACAGGAGAGAAACCUUAUGUAUGCAGUGAGUGUGGAAGAGCUUUCAUCCGGAAAUCAAACUUCAUUACUCAUCAGAGAAUUCAUACUGGAGAGAAACCUUAUGAAUGCAAUGAUUGUGGGAAAUCCUUCACCUCCAAGUCUCAGCUCCUGGUGCAUCAACCAAUUCACACAGGAGAAAAACCAUAUGUGUGUGCUGUGUGUGGGAAAGCCUUUAGUGGCAGGUCAAAUCUCAGUAAACACCAGAAAACUCAUACUGGAGAAAAGCCCUACAUCUGUUCUGAAUGUGGGAAGACCUUUAGACAGAAGUCAGAAUUGAUUAUACAUCACAGAAUUCACACUGGAGAGAAACCUUAUGAAUGCAGUGACUGUGGCAAAUCUUUCACUAAGAAAUCACAACUCCAAGUGCAUCAGCGAAUUCACACAGGGGAAAAGCCUUAUGUGUGUGCUGAAUGUGGAAAGGCUUUCACGGAUAGGUCAAAUUUGAAUAAACACCAGACAACGCACACUGGAGACAAACCCUAUAAGUGUGUAGUCUGUGGAAAAGGCUUCGUCCAGAAAUCUGUGCUCAGUGUCCAUCAGAGUAUUCACACUUGAGAGGAACGGUAUGAGAAAACUUCAGUGAGAUCAGGUCUGAUUGUACAUCAUUGAAUUUGUUCAGAAAAAUACGCAUAUUAUCAUAAGUAGAAAUACCCCAUCAAAAUGUCACACAUUACUCUAUCGAAGAGGGCCCUGAAUGAAGGGGGUCCUUCACAUAUUGUCACCAUCUUCAUUAAGCCUUGAGGCAUUCACACAGGAAGAAAAGUAAUUUUGUCAAUUUGGCAGAUUAGAAGAAGGCUUCUCCUGAAAAAUAUGAUGGAACAGGGCACCUGGGUGGUUCAGUUGUUUGAGCAUCCAGUUCUUGCUCUCAGCUCAGGUCUUGAUCUCAUGGUUGUGAGUUUGAGCCCUGCAUUGGGCUCCGCACUGGGCAUGGAGCCUACUUAAAUAUAUAUAUGAUGGAACAUUGUUACCAAAUUGUGCAGAGGAAAGUUUAUGUUAUGUUGUCUUAAUGAUAAUCCUGUUUACUGUGGAAUAGGUAAAGUGCCAACAAGUUGAAUGGUAGAACAACAUAAUAUAUACAAAUAAUGACAAACCCUAAGUUCUGUGAGAUGUUUGCUGCAGAACACACUGUCUAACAGUUUCAGGUGUGUUUUCAUUCUUCUGUUGAAUCUAACAUGGUUGUGUGUAUCCAACCCCCAUUGAGUAUUUCCAUCAAGAAAGAGAUAACUCAGUAAAAAAGUUCUUUAUGUAUAAGGACACAAACCUCAGAGUGUAUGUUGACCCAUUAUCCUCUAGCAUCAUGACUCAUAACACCCUUUAGCAUCUACCAGUGAAGUGUCUUUGACCCUUAUGAAUCCUUAGCACAUCAUCUUCUGACACCCAUAAGUGCAUUAGCGCUAAACACUGUCUGCUGACUGCCAUUAUCUCAUUUAGCUCCCAGCAUAGUGUUUUGUGAACUUCCACUAUCCUCAGAAGGUUUCUGAGGUAGAAUUUUUGGGUCAUUCUGGUCAACUUUUCAUCCAGUCUUCCUUUUGCUAUCAUAGUUCUUCCAGCUAAUUUGCCUUCCUUAAUGAGCUGACAUUUAUAAUAACAAGUCAGUAACUCAUAUUUUAAAAACCUCAACAUUUGUUCAUGUCUUCUCUGUGUCCAUCUUCAUGCCAUGGGCUCCACAAGCACCUUCUCCCCGUGUGCCUCAAACACAUCAGUUCGGGUCCUACCUCAGGGCCUUUGCACUCUCUGAAGCACAAGAUUCAUCAUAUCCAUUUGGUUAGCUCCCUCAUAUCUUCCAAUGGUACCUUUUCACAGAGGGCCCUAUGCUUUCCUGACUGGUUUAAAAUUUUGGCCCCUUCCCCUCUAUCCUCCUUCCUUCUCCAUAGCACUUACUGUCAUGAUGCCCUGUAUAUUUUACUUGUCUGUGGCUCCCAAACUAGAAUGUUUUUCCCUGUUUUGUUCUCCACUGUGAGCCUUGACCUGUGCCUGACACAACAGGCAUUACAUAAAUGCACAUUGUGGAGUUACUUCAUCACAGCUUCCCUUUGAUCUUUUCUAUAUUGCAGCAUAGGAUACUCCAGUGGGGAGAACCAACUUGUCUAAAAUACCAGGCUUUUUCAUCUCUAGCUUUUACCUGGGCUGUGCCUCCUUCCUGGCCCUAAAGCUGAAACAUCACCUUAAACCUUUUGGCCUGAUGCCAGCCGCUUUAAAGAAGGGAAAACCUAUAUGGUGGAAUUCCCACAUAUGCUUGGUGUUCCGAGAUUUCUUACCAUGUUUCAGAAAGCUCACAGUGAGCUCCAAAAUCAUUGCAGAAGAGCCUCACUUUGCCCUAGAAUGCACAACCUUACCCCACCCCAGACCCUUACUGCAUACCUACUCCUCGUGCUCUGACAGGCCCAAAGCUAAUAGUAUGAAGGGGCUGAAAGCCAAAGGGCAGACCGUCCUUGGACCUUAGGUGUCCAACCCAAGACUGGCAGCAGUGGCCUCUCAAAUGCAGGCAGAGGGUCUGAUUGAACACUUAGCUGCUGGGCAGCCAAACUGAACCAGCAGAAUGGUUCCUCCAGGUCAGCCCACUGGUAACAACUGGGAGUGGGAAAUAGUGGGGUUGUGUAGAGAUGCUCUUGCCUUUGUGAACAGCAUAGUGACUGAGGAUCGGGA